CUCCCAUGAAAGUCAUCUGAUAUUGCUUGGGCAAUGUUUAUUUGUGAAUCACUCCCUCAAUCCAACCCGGACGGUAGCCCAAUAUAAGCCAGCGCCGCUCGUUAGCCGCCUUCAGUAGAUCUCUGAUCAUAGAAUGGAGCAAAUGAAGAAGCUUCUAGUUCUUUGGCUUGUUCUGUGCUGGAACGAGUGCCUGGCGAUAGACUUUUGUAACAUGACUGAAUGCAAUGGAUUGCGUCAUUUGGGCUGUGAAAACGAUUUGACCUUUCAUGAGAGUUGCCUGCGCACCCGCAUCCUGCUCAACAUGCAGAUCUACCGCGACUACCUGCUCAAGCUGCACAACAAGUACCGCGAGGAAGUGGCAUCUGGAGACAUUAAAGGGCUGCCCGCGGCCAUGCACAUGCCGGAGCUGAUCUGGCACUUUAAGCUCGCUCUGAUAGCCGAGUACCAUGUGAAGCGCUGCUCGCGGGACCUGAACUACUGCUUAGCUGUUUCCACGUUCACUAAUCCCGCGUUGAACUAUGGCAUGAAUUGGCUGGAUAUAGAGCCUAUCCCCAACUACUCGCGCUCGACGAACUCCGAGAAACUGACUGUCCAGACGGAAGUGUGGAUGCACCAGGUCUACAAGCUGGCACUAGGACAGUUCGAAGUGGGAGAAGUCUCGGAGAUCAAAAACAUUUUGAGCGACCACAACAAAUACGUGGGCUGUGCGGCCGCCGAGGACUUCGACCGGGAGGCCAGUCGAUUCGUGCUCGUCUGUUAUUACAAUAGCCAAAUCGACCCAGCGUCGUACCUCUAUACGGCGGGCACAUUUUCGGAGGAUCACUGUGCCGACGGCGUCAGCGAAGACUAUCCACAUCUGUGCAAGACGCUGCCAGAUGAGUUCGACUGAGAAACACAGAGCUAAGCUAAGCAACGUACUAUUUCAGUCCGAGCUCCACCACUGGCUGUCUAAUUAAAUGGGACACGUACUUGAGAAAUAAACAAAUUUAUGCCAUAAUAUUUUGUACGAAAAAUGUGUUAGGUAAAAUGUGGGAAAUAACAAACUGACAAAGUUAGACGGAAAAAGUAUUUUCCAAAGCAAUUUGUUCGUUAGGAGCCAGAAAAACGUUGCGCCAGCCACAAGCGCUUAGCUCGCCUCUACAGCACUUCCACUUCCACCCAACUGGAGGACUUGGCUCAAAAGUGCACAUAACUGGCACGAAAUAUAUUUGAAAAAAUAAAAUAA